AUGGAGGAAGCGAAGCCAUCCAAGAUUCCGUUGGAUCCCGGAUAUUUGCAAACCAUGGAGGAGACGAGUGAGAUGCUACCAAACAACACGCAGUAUGCCAGCCUAGUUGGUGGUUUGCUUUAUGUUUCUGUAAAUACCCGACCCGACAUAGCUGCUAGCGUUUCGAUCCUGGGACGAAAAGUGAGUUGCCCAUCCCAAGCCGACUGGCUAGAAGCGAAACGGGUUCUACGUUAUUUGAAGCACACGUUGGACCAUGAGCUGAUACUGAGCAUCAAAUCAGAUCCACUAACCGUAUACGUUGACGCGGAUUGGGCCGGAGACGCGAAUGACAGGAAAUCGACAUCUGGAUAUAUGCUGCAACUGAAUGGCGGUUCAAUAUUUUGGAGUUCCAAGAAGCAAACAUGUGUUUCACUGAGCAGUACGGAAGCUGAGUACAUAGCGCUUGCAGUAUGCUGUCAGGAAGUCCAAUGGAUUUUGCGGAUCCUGGAAGAUUUCUCUGUGCCAGUCAACCUGCCCAUUACAAUUUUUGAAGAUAAUCAAUCUUGCAUUAAGCAACUAUCAUCACCAAAUCACUGGAUCUCGCCGAAACAAUCUCCUUCCACACCCGCUUACUUCCCGUCGGCCAUCGUCACGUGGUUGACGUCGCUCUCGUGCAAUUCCAGGAAAAUGUCUCGGCUCUCGACGAUGUGGUUUGUCGCGCCCGAUUCCACGAUCUAA